CCAUAAUUUUUAAUCAGGGUCAAACCGCAGAACACAAUAACAACUGAAUAUUGUGAUCAACCGAACAAAGCGAUGAAAAGAUAUUGAGAAUUUGUAAAGAAAAUCUUUGUCAAGUGCAAAGGCAAUCCGUCGCGAUCAGUAAUUUAUAUGUUGAAAAAUUUAAUUAAUCUGGUGACACAAUUUCGUAUUUCCUCAAGAAUGGCCAAUCAUCCGCUGCACAAUUUCCUGCUAUUUGCCUCUAUAUUUGGUUCUUCGAUUGCCAGCAUAAACCAGUGUGGGAAUAAGCUACUAGAGUCAUGUGUUUGCGGGAAACAGUACAUCGACAGGACUUCACAUUCAAAAUUUGUGGUCAAUUGCACGAAUACAGGAUUCACAGAUACAGAGAUGUUGAAGGUACUGCCAGAACAAACGAACAUUCUCAUAUUUACCGGGAAUCACUUGAAUCUUUUACCGAUCAAUAUUUUUGGAGAAAACCCCUAUCUGAGUGAGUUGGAAGUAAUCGACAUGAGCAACAAUGGUAUCAGGGAAAUAAAAGGGAAAACCUUCCAUCAUGUCACAAACGUGGAAAGGCUCAUUUUAAAUCAUAAUAAUAUUUCGAUCUCCGAAGAAGAUGACAAAAACUUCCAUCAUCCGAGAGUAUUUUCAAAUUUUCAGAACCUCGAAGAGUUGCAUCUAACAAAUGCCUUUGCGGAUAAUACUGACGCUGAAUUAGCUGAUGAUUUGCAUGAUAUUUUUGUGAAUAGUAACUUGGCAAAAUUGUAUAAAUUGCAUCUAGAACAAAACGAGAUUAAGAGCUGGAAGGACGAUAAAGUGUUUUGCGACCUGCCAAACCUCCAUGAUCUCUAUCUGGGUGAUAAUAAAAUUCCAAAUCUAAACUUUAACGUCCUAUGUUUGCAAAAGCUUAGAUAUUUAGAUUUAGAAUAUAAUAACAUUUCGAAGUUCAGUCAAACAGACUUAGAUGUAUUUGAUAAAAUGGCUAAUGACCCUGCCAGGACCGAGCCUCUGUUGUUAGAAAUCGGCCACAAUCCUCUGAAAUGCGAUUCCGCUGCUCGAAAUCUGUAUAGUUGGAGCCAAAAGACUAGCGUAAAAAUUAGAAAUGAAGAUCAGCUUGAAUGUACCAAUGCAAAGUAUGGAAAAAGGUAUAUAGUUAAUUUGAGGAGCUUGGUGGAGUCAAAGGAAACCAAGCUAUCCAAUGGUUUAACAGUAUUAUUGGUAGUUCUAGUAUGUGUUUUGUUAACUUUAAUCUCAGCUUAUGUGUAUCUGAAGAAGGAUACCAUUAGAUCGAAAUUGCCAUCUGUUUUCGAUGCGGUUUCGCGAAAAGUCCAAUAUAGCACAAUUGAAUCUCAAGAUAUCUGAAUACGAAGUAUGUACCUAUAUGUUUGUUUUGAAUCCUCAACUUUCCGUUUUGUUAGAUGUUUUUGUGUAAGUAAUUUAAUUUACUGUAAUUUAGUUCUUUGAAACUGAUUUUGAUAAUUUUAAUACAUUGUGAUAACGAUUGAAAGCAGGACCAAAAGUAACUUAAGCAUUUCGUUUCAUUAUCCGAUUUUCAAUGUUAGAAAAAAUUAUUACCUGAAUAUUAAAAAGCGGAAUAUUCUUAUCGGUGAAACUGAGUGAAAAAUACGAUUAAAAGGAAGCUAAUAGUUAUUCGAAAAAUCGUGAUCGUAAGUCAAGUCUUGCAAGAAAUUACGCUUUUAAAUUGACUAAAUUGUAAGAAUGCAGCAUUUCAGUCAAUGUGGGGUGAAGUCAAUUAAAUAUAAAUCGAAAUUAAUUUUGCAUAAAAAUAAGAAUAUAUAAAUAAAUGCACUGCUUUCAUUAAAAUAAAUGAUUAGAAAGCGUUCUUGUACCCCAAAAAAUAAAUUUUAACAAUAAUUUAUGUACGUAUUUUGCGUGUUUCUUUGCAAAAAACGAACAUCUCUGAUGAAUAAACUCUAAAUUAUGUAUGUUUAAUAAUUUUUGAAAAUUUUGUAAAUAAAAUCGAACUUUUAGUAUUUUCUCUGUCCAGAACGUUAAAUAUAUUUUUCAACUUUAGUCAUUCACAAUUCCCAUGCAGCAUAUUGAACCAACUAAUGUUUGAUUUUUUUGCUAAACAGAAUUUGUUCAUUGGCUUUUUUUACAGCAUUAACUUGGUUUUUUUUGUAUUUUUAUGCAAGAAAACUCAUUUGAAAUUAUCGCAUUGUGAAAGUGACGCUGGUGUAUAUGUGCAUUAAACACUGCUUUUCUGGUGCGUUAUCACGAGGUUAGAUAUACAGAAUAAUGAAACAAUUGGAAAAGCUGUGUUUAAAUAAUAGUUGGUGCUGUUUUCGCAAAUUUUUCUUGGACAAUAAGUACACUAAUCUUGUCCAGUACUUAGUAUUGUUCAUUCUAAGAAAAUCUUAGCCUAGAAUUACUAUUACUAAAUUACUAAAAACUGCGAAAUUUUGCUUAUCGGUUUUUACGUCAUGAACCCCAUAAGAGUGAGCAGAAAUGUAUAUUUUUCUUAUGGACAGGCAAACAAUUUAAAAUUUCAAUAGCGUCGCCAUUUAUAAGAAACUUUAUACAAGUAAAUGGCGGCAUUUAAUAUUUAGUUACGGUUCCAAUGGAUGUAAAUAUUUAAAAAAAUACAGUAAAAGAUUAAUUAAUGUUAAUUAGAAUCUGAAACAAUAAUUAUUUUUUAAGACUGACCCAAAAGUUUAGUUGUAGCUUUGUUUGGCUUCUAUCUCAGAACAUUCAACAUCAUGUUUGUUGCGAAUACUCAAAAGGUCUCUAAUAGAGUAGAAACAAAGCUCAUGUUGGACUGAUAAACCAAUGCUUGUUAAUCAAGAACUUAUGAGUGAAACGCGAUUAAACAACACAAUGUAUGUAUCAGAUAGAAAAGAGAUGAAGGGCAAAUUUUGGCGAAAGCAUGCCAAGCAUAAUAAUCGGUUUUGUUGGUUUUAUUAAAGCCACGCCCACCACUUUCUUUUCGUUCUUAUACAAGCAUUUGGCAAACUCCCUUGUUUCUCUCUUAUAAUAGUUCAAAACUACCAGAGACAAGUCUUGUCUCUGAAACUGCAUUUGUCUAUCAGACCAGUCGGUACGUGUAAACUGCUUUGUGAUAACAAGUGCCUUUUAAUAUUUGUAACUGUAUUUAUACAAUAAUGUAUAUGUGUCUAAUAAAUAUGUUAAUAAGCAA